UUCUCUCCAGGCGUUGAGCAAGCACUGGACUUGUGGGCUGCGUGGGCUUAACGCGACUUCUCAAUGCUUGGGGAAACCCCUCCCACGAGAGGGUGAUCGGGCAUCUGGGCAUUGUCCCCUGGAACAGAAUCCUUUAGGCAUUUGUACUACUGAGGUCAGGAGAUCAAACUGCAAAGGGAGGAAUGGAAAAUAUCUCUCUGUCCAGCCCUACAGUUGUUCUGGGAAACAUAAAAUAAGAAAGAUGUGUUUGUUUACAUGAAAAUCCAAGAAAGGGCUAAGUAGAUACCUAAUUUAACAAAUUGAUGACUGGAGCAAUGGCAUUCUUCCCAGGCUUGCCCAGGUCCAACUCCCCAAACCAGUCCGGGCACUCUUGACUUUCCCAGGCCCCAGGACACCUGUAAGGGGAGCUGGACUUGUUUCUGCCUGCUGCAGAGAAGAGUGCUGGGAACAUCCCAAAUUCAAGUUCAAUGCCAAGUGCAGCUUCCAAGGCAGAAUAUGCAGGUGGAGAGGUUAAUCCGCUCCUGUCCAAGGGGUUCCUGUUUUCACUAAAGGGAUUGUAGUAGAAGACCUUUAGCCGAGGUGAUUAAAAUGUGCUUUAAUUUGCAUACUAGACCUGUAGGUACUAGUUCACCCCCAGUAACUCACAUCAACUUGUGGGAUACUCAACAUGGUAAAUAAAUGUGAGGCGCUCUGCUAUUUUUGUCCACUGUAACAGAAUCUUCUAGGCAUUUGUACUAUAUAGGUCAGGAGAUCAUUUACAAGGGAGAAAUAGAAAACAUCUCUCUUCUGUCCAGCCCACAGUUGUUCUGGGAAAUAUAAAAUAAGAAAGAUGUGUUUGUUUAUAUGAAAAUCCAAGAAGGGCCAAAUAGAUACCUAAUUUAACAAAUUGCUUUGAUUAAAAAUAAUUAUGGGAGGUUAGAACAGUCCUGGAAAUUCCCUGAGGCUCCUCACUUGUUAGGGGAAAGAGACUUACACAAGAAGAUAAAAAAAUGAUUGAUGGCAAAAUGAAAUUGGGAGCCAACCUGUUUCAUCAAGAGACCAGAUGACAUGAAAGAUUCCAGUGUGCCCUACAACGGAAAGAGUAUUGGUAGAAGAAGUAAUCCCUAAAGUGACUGAAAUAGCUUUCAGGAUGGAGAAAGAGGAGCCCCCAAGCGCCUCAAAAGAAUUGCAAGAGCUGCAGAGGAAGUUAUCCUUGCUGAUGGAGUUCAUCCAGGGUAACUCAAAGGUGGUCGCCUUUAUGAAGUCUCCGGUGGGUCAAUACCUGGACCGGCACCCUUUCCUGACCCUCGCUGUGCUGGUGUUUCUUGCUGUGAUGGCUGUUCCUCUUGGAUUCUUCCUGUUUCUCACAUUGCUUGCCUCCCUGGCUGCUUUGGUGGGAGUCAUACUACUAGAAGGACUGGUCCUCUCCAUGGGCGGCCUCUCGCUGUUUUGUAUCCUCUGUGGCUUGGGCUUCAUGUCACUCGCCAUGUUGGGGACAAUCCUUGUGCCCUGCCUGGUGGUCUCCAGCCUCAUCAACUACUGGUUUUCUCCCAGAACCCUGACCCAGGAGAUUGCCAGUGAUGACAGCCCUCAGGCUAUGAAGUCGGUGAACUUAAAGGGGCUCUAGCAGGAGUGACCACUGCAAGGAAGGAUGCUGUCUCCGUGCACCUCAGGAGUCUGGGAUCAGCACUCAGAGCUGGGUCAUCAGCCCUCCAGAGAGGCACCCUCCAGUUUCUUCACCGUUCCACAUUCCUUAAGUGCUCAAUUCGGGGAUCUUGUUGACAGCUGGGGAUCUUGGUGGUCUUGCAUCGGUUCUGUCAGCUGACCCACCCUCACAUGGAGAAUCGGCAGACAACCCAGAUGGUUCAACAGCCCCUCUUGCUCUCCCACCCUCCCUGCCAUGGUGCACUUGACCUUGGCAGAUCUCAAACCCCUAGAGCCUGGCCACUUUACCCAAGGCUCAUAUCUUGUGUCCAGAGCUCCAGUUUGGGGCAGUAUUGAGUUGUUUUCUCCUUUUCAUUUUUUAAAGCUGUGAGAAAAAAACUUUCUUUACUCAUUUGAAACAAGAGGUGGCAGGGAGGGGGGUAAUUCAAAACAGAACAAGCUCUUCUGCCUUAUUAGCUUUUUAUCAGAAAGACUGGCAACAUUUGGGAAUAAUGGCUCAGACAACAUUGGAAAUAGAAUCCAAACUUAAUUUUAUGGCCAAGAGCAGUUUUGAAAAGGUCUGAAGGUAUUCUUUCCACUUUGAGUACUGUUAAGUGCUGUUACUCUUUUGAAUAAUAUUUGCCCUUGAUACUUUUGUAUUGUUUUAAAGAACUUGUGAAAAUGCUGACGUUCUAUAACAUUUUUUAAAAAUCUUAAGGGGUUUCUACUUCAGUGGUUUAUACUCUGUGGUAUUUUAUUAAAUAAAUAUUUAUU